AUGAAUCCCUUUUUGAACUGGGCUAUUAUGCUCUUCGUCAGUGGCGGUGUCUUUUGGUAUUACAGACUUAGAUCCCCGCCCAACGUAAAAAUUACGCCUUUCAAACCUGCCGCUGAGAAACACGAAAACGGGUUUCUCACCAAAAAGGCGAAGCGGAAAGUAAAGCGAUCGCCAGACAACACCACCAGCAAUGGCAGUCGUACCCCGCCUAUCGUGGAGGUUCCAGAGAUCCGAAAGGUGGUUUCCUCUACUGAAAAUUGGGCUGGUGAUGAGGGAAUGAACAACAAGGAGUUUGCCAAGCAAUUCACCAAGGCGAAAGAAGGCACCAAGCUAGCAUCUGCGGAUGGCAAAGCUAAUAAGAACGAAGUCCGCGCCAAAACUAUCGUUAGCAGUACUGUUGUGCCGGACAACAAGGAUGUGACAGAGUUGUUCACUCGCACGUCAUCCAGCACGGAGGAAGAUGCGGACGAUGACCUCUCUUCCGCAAACUCACCGGUUGUUAACCCAACUGUGCCAGUGGCAGGCAGCGUCUCCGAUAUGCUAGCGCCUGCCCCAGCAGUCAUACCUCCCCUCCGCCUUGUUAAUAUCCCUCAAGUAAAUGAACAGACAACAAUGAAAAAGGAAAAGUCGGAAAAUGUGGGGGAGACAAAGAAACAACGCCAACGAAGGCUUAAGAAUGAAAAUAGAAAGUUGAUGGUAGAAGAAUCGGAAAGAGAGCGUCGUAUUCAACUUGAGAAACACCUCCACACGGCCCGAGAACUUGAACGCCGCGAGGCUGCUAAAUCUAAGCCCACUCCAGCCACCAAUGCAUGGCAAACAAGCGCCAUCAGCAGCCAACCAAAUGGGCAGCCCAAAUCUGCACCUGCGCCAUUGCCCUCACCUCUUCUAGACACGUUCGACUCGACGCCUCAACCCACCUCCAGUCCUUCUGCUACGCCUGAGAGCAUCAAGGCGUCUCCUUAUUUUGAGAGCUGGGCCAACAACUUACCUUCCGAGGAAGAGCAGAUACGUAUUAUAAUGAGUGAAAAUUCGGACUGGGAUCCUUGA